CGUGUGCGCCCCCCGCCCUCCCCUGUGGUUCCCCCCACCAAGGCCGGGGUGCGGCUCCGCCCGCCGCCGCUGGGGGGCGCCCUCCGCGCUCCGGGGCACGGCGGGACUUGGCCACGCCCAGACCCGGAAAGGGGCGUGGCUUAUCCGCCGAACGGGCGGGGAGUGCCAAAAGGGCGUGCCCAACGCUAGGGGGCGUGGUUUAUCCCUAUGACGUCAUUACCGCGCGCAACCGGAAGCGGCGCCGGGACCCUGAGGAGGGUUCGGGGAUCCCGGGGAAGGCCCGGGGGGGUCCCGGCGCCGCCAUGGCGGGCGAGGCGGUGCUGCAGGUGCUCCGGCAGGGCGUGUGGGCCUCGCUGACCGGCGGCUGCUUCCUGGAGCCGCAGCUCGGAGCGUUCGCCAACUGCGUGCGGCUCUACGUGUGGCUGUUCCUGCUGGGGCUGCCGCUGGGGCUGUACUCGGCGCUGCCCCCGUCCCGGGCCGUGCCCGCCCUGUACUGUGCCCUGGUGGCCGCGUUCUUCGGGGCCGUCAAGGCCGUCACCUUCCGCCUGCACGCCCGCCUCGACCGGGACCGGGACCGGGACCGGGGAGACCCCCGGGGGGACCCCGAGGGGGGGGCGGCGGCGCUGCUGCCCCCCCGGGAGCGGGACGGGAGCCCCCCCCCCCCCGGGGGGGCUCUGGAGCUCUCGGUGCUGCGGUGGCCGAGCGCGACCCCCCCCCAACUCUGCGGCUUCAACCAACUCUCGGAGCUGCUGCCACACCUGGACACGGCCACCACCGGGGCUGGGGAGCUCCAGGGCAUCCUCACGGCCGCCGACCGCGACUGGCUCCGCUCGGGGGAGGGGUCCCAAGGGGGGGUCCCCAAUAAUGGGGCUGGGGGCGAUGCCAGGACCCCCCCCCCGAGCCCCCUCCCCACUCCUCCUCAAGGGGUGGGGGUCCCGCCUGGCAGCCCCCCCUCCUCAUUGCCCCCCCUCCCUGGGGACCCCCCCAGGACCCCCCCUUGAUUAGAGGGGGUUCCAAGGCAGGUGAGACCCCCACCCCCUAUGGUGGGAUUUGAGUGGGGGCCCCCAAAAUGGGGGGUGGGGGGUCCAGCCCCAUAAUGGGGGGCACUGGGAUAUUUUGGGGGGGGGGGGCGUCCUGGGGCUUUUU